AGUUAUAUUUGUAGUAUAGCUACCACUACUCCCUCGAGGGUCUCCAGCAUCACUCGCUGUACUACUUACAAGGCAUCUCGUAUCGUACGCAUAACAACUACACUAUGACUGACAAUAACAACAACAACAGUCAAAAACCCGAAGCCUUCACCGAGUCAGCAGCAGCAGCCCCUCCGGGCUUUCCUCCAGCUGUUGGGCCCGAGGAGCAGUCAAGACUGGUCGUCCCUGGUAUUCGCCAGGUCGGGCCAGGAGGGGAGGGGACCACCAACAACGACAGUGCCCCCGAGCCUUGGGAUGUGAGCCCAGCUGGGGAGUAUACAGUCCAGCAGAGGAAGCUGCGAGAGCUCAUACCUAAGACCCCUAGUCCUAGCUACUCCUACGACGUGAACUUCGGCCAGGCUCAAGCAGUUAAGGAUGGUCAGCAGCCAGCCCCCAUAAUGCCGAGGUUCUUCCCGUUCAUGGCUCCUCCUGCUCAAGCGUCGGACGGUGGGGCCACUCAAGGCAACCAAGGCCUCCUAGGCACUACUGGGAUGUACUUCUCCCAGCCUGGGUAUCAACAACAACAAGGAGGAGGAGCCGCUGCUGCUACUACUGCCGCGCCCUCCAGCGCAGUAUGGAAUCCCCCGAUUAAGACUACCCCUCAGGUCCCCGGGCCAGACCAGCAAGUCCGCGUGGUCCCCGUCCCUGGUACCACUCCUCCUCAACAAACUGCUCAGCCGACUGCUGGUCUUGGGGCUCCUCAGGUGUUCAUGCAGCAACAACAACAACAGCAAGCCGGGCAACGAGGGUACAGACAAGGCAGCUGGGAUGGGCAGCAGGAGCGUCGAGGGCCUCGUCAACAGUCUAAGCCUCAGAGGUCUUCUCGUAUGUCCCGUGGUGAUAGCAUGCAAGCUUCGGAAGUAGGCAGCACGCGUGCGCAGAAUAUACUAGGACAGCUGAGAGCCCGUGGGGGACAGCUCCCCCCUGGGAUGAAACUCGGUGAUGUCGCUGCUGAUGCAGUUGAACUGGCGAUGGACCAGUACGGCUCAAGGUUCUUACAAAAUGCUCUGGAGACCGCGACACCAUCGGAGCGCCAUGAUGUAUUUCUUGCCGUUCUCAGCAGUGCUCAGCAGCUGACUACUGAUCCCUUCGGCAACUAUGUCAUUCAGAAGCUCUUUGAUCACUUGCCCGAGGAACACAUUGUUAUUCUAUCUGAGCAGCUCUUGGGGGACAUACUUCGCCUGUCUUUCCACAUGUACGGCUGUCGGGUUGUCCAGAAGGUGUUGGAAAAUGUCAACGCUGAGCAGCAGGUCUUGAUAGUCAACGAAUUGAAGGGACAUGUUGUCGACUGCGUUGAGGACCAAAACGGCAACCACGUGAUACAAAAAUGUAUCGAAACUCUACCUACCCAGACUUUGGGGUUCAUCGUUGAUGAAUUCCGAGGUAACGUUACCCGCAUGUCGCUGCACUGCUAUGGUUGCCGUGUGGUCCAACGUUUGAUCGAACGACUUCCCGAGGAAAUGUCGGAGCCUUUGAUGCAGGAAGUAGUUGAGAACCUCUGGAUGCUCUCUCAGGAUCAGUACGGCAACUAUGUCGUGCAACAUGUAGUUGAGCAUGGCCCUAAUAAUUUCAAGAAUGCCGUUGUGAAGGCGGUGGCGGCGAAUAUCGAACAGUAUGGCUGUCACAAAUUUGCCAGUAAUGUGGUGGAGAAAGCAUUGCUGAGUGGUAGCCGUCAAAACCAAGAUGAGAUUAUAGGAGCAGUCAUUGGCUCAGCUGGACCCGAUGCUCCGCUGCAUUCAAUGACUGUGGACAAGUUCGCCAACUAUGUUGUGCAGAGAUGCUUAGAAUUAUCCCAGGGGACCAACAGGGAACAUCUAGUCAAUAUGCUACAACUCGACCUCCCUAACCUUCGUAAAGUAACGUAUGGCAAGCACAUCGCUUCGGCUGUUGAGAAGCUGAUCCAAAACCCGAAUGCAGUCAUAACCCACCAAGCUCAUCAGAACCAAGGCCGCCAGAUGCAGCGACACGGGCAAAAUCAGUACCAGCAGCAGCGGCGUUCGUAACUAUACUACAUUAUUCCCAAACAUUACCAUUUGUAAAGAAAGAUGUACCACCUGUGAAUAGGGUGUCCGAUCGUUUACAUCGAGAUUUUCUCUAAACAUUGAAGAGUGAGGUGAGUAACAUUGAAGUGCCCCAAUAGUCGUAGAGAACUUGUCGCCGUCUUGAUGAUGGUGACUCUCGGUACUCUUCCAUUGAGAGGCAGCAUAGUGACGUUUUGGUAUGGUUGUAUAAUACCUCUUAUUCGCUUCAAUGUGUCCUCUCAACUUUGUUCAACACCAUCCUUCUCUCGA